AUAGUUUGUAAUUGUUUAUAAAAUGGCACAAAAACCUAAAAAUAUUGAACUGAAACUUGAAGACGUGGACGUAUUGACUACUGGAAUGACUGCUGAGUUUGUAAAUGGCAUACUUGACUUUUUACUCUUCCAGCGAAGCCAAAUUCCGUUUGUAUACAAAACAUAUAAAUAUUAUGUAGAGAAAUGGGAUGAAGAGGACGCUAGCAAAAUGAAAGAUGAUCAAGACUUUAAAAAAUAUCAGUUUGAAAAACAGAGAUCUAUAGCUAAAGAAACGAAAAAGGCUAUUAGCGAUAUGCGUGAGGUUAUACGCAACGCCUUUAAACGCAGCGAGUCAGUCAAAAGUCUACGAUUUUUGUUUGGUAACAGUACGUUUAUGCCUACAGAAGCAUACACAAUUCAUAUACCGCAUGCAUCUAUAUCUAAGCAACAUGGGGAUAUACACACUUCAUCAGUGCUGGGUGCAUUAAACAAAGCACUGAUAAAUCUAAGUAUUUGUGAGGAUCUCUAUGGCUGCUGGUCGAAAGAUCUAAAAGCCACAAAGGUUUUCUUGGAAAUGGAAUUGCUAACACAGGGAGAAAAUCAGACUGUAAAACUAAUUCCUAAAGAUGUCGUUAGCCAACUGCCAAGAAGUUGUAAAAAUAUACAUUUUCACUUGUUGCAUGUUAACGAUAAUCCAGCACAGGAGUUACUAUGCUGCAAAGAACUAACAAUAUUCGAAGAUUUGGAAUCACUUACUCUAAGCAGGGAAGAGAAUAUUGAUACCCCAGAAAAUAUAACUGGUUGGUGGCAGGCGGAUGUUAUAGUCCGCGGGUUCACACCAUCGAGUUUCGAAAUGUGGUCCAAUUAAAAAAUUACAAUUUAAAAGUCAUUUCGAACUAUUGACCAUUAUGAGCUGCGGG